AUGGCCAUUGAGGAAAGGAUUGGGGCUCCUGUGAGACAGAGUGAAAUUUUGGAUAUUUGUAGUUGUAUGCACACUUGUGGAAUGGAAGAUCUAAAGUGUGUUGGUAAUCUGUUUACAUGGAACAAUAAACAACAAGGUGAUAAGAGAGUGUUCUCAAAGAUAGAUAGAAUUUUAGCUAAUCAGGCAUGGCAAGAUAGCUACCCUGAAGCUGAAGUUUGCUUCUUACCUGAAGGACAUUUUUAUCACUCACCUGGUCUUCUCACUGUAUAUCCUGGAGUUGAUGGGGGAAAGAAACCAUUCAAGUAUUUUACCAUGUGGAAAGCCUCUCCUGUUUUUACUGACACUGUUCAGUCAGCCUGGAACACCCAGAUUAGAGGGAGCAAAAUGUUCAUUGUAGUUAGCAAAUUGAAGAGAUUUAAGCUAGCACUCAAAGAGCUGAAUAAAACUGGUUUUUCUGAUGUUCAAGCUGCUGAUUGGAAAGCUUAUCAUGAGCUAGUUGAGGCUCAAGAAGCUAUGCAUAAGAAUUCCACUAAUAUGGAAUUAGCUGAUGCAGAAUUAAGAGCCAUUCAGGAUUAUAGAGUUAAGCACAAAAUCUAUUGGAGUUUUUGA